UGUUCCGCUGGUGAGUCUCACCACCAGCGGGUCCGGGAGCAGCGGUCCGGACGGGAUCAUGAGCAGCAGACGCCGCCGGCCUGCGCAGCGUCCACGCGUCCAUCCAGACCGAGCGAGCCCCCGCCGCGAGCACUAGAUCGACUCUUUUACUGGGAGCUUUGUGUGGCAGCUGGCUGCUCGGCCCUCCUACCCUCUCCCGGUACCGUGCAGCUGCAGCAUCCGUCGUCAGCCUCCAAACUAACGGGAUGACGCAGGGAAUCGAGCCUCCUCACGUACCGACACGGUCAGGCGACGUUCAGAGGUUGCAGGAAUUCUUAAAACCCGCUGUGGCAGCGAGGUGGAGAUUAUUAGUGACUUAAUUAUUGAGACGUUUCCACGUUACCUGUGAAGUCAGAGGACAGUGUGGGCCACAGAGAACAAACCCAGAGCUGGUGGGAACUUGAAGUCUUGCUCAGGGAAACUUUGGUAGUGUGGAUGGAUGGACCUGGGAGGAAUGGUGGACUCUGUCCUCCACCUUCACCUCAAAUGAGCUGAUGGAGAUGAAGCUGAGCUAAUGAGAAAAGUGGCUGAAGUAGAAAUAUAGAUGAUAUUUUUACUCUAACCUGAGGUCUAUUGCAGCGUUUAUCCUGGUGCGUCCUGGAGAGCAGAUGCAAUCAGAGCUGCAGUGUUGUGUAAAAAACAUCAAGUCAUUUGGUCAUCAGUAUAACCCACAGGAGACGCUUUGAUCACUCGGAUCAUGGUGGAAGCCACCGUCUUCUCGUGCCCCAGGACUACUGCGGUCUAACAGGCAUUUAGCUUUUCCUGUGGUAGUCCGUCAGCACCAUGGACUACCACGCUGAGUUUUGCUUCUGCGAUCCUGAGGAGGGUCACGGCGGCCCAGAUGAGCCGCCGCUCCACAGUAUCCACGCACCCAACCGGGUCCGCCCUUCCUCGUACCGAGCCCUGAGGAGCGCCGUGUCCAGUCUGGCCCGCAUAGAUGACUUCUUCUGCGAGAAGAUUGGUUCAGGCUUCUUCUCUGAGGUCUUCAAGGUGCAGCAUCGGAUCACAGGGCAGGUGAUGGCGCUGAAAAUGAACACACUGGCCAGCAACAAAGCUAACAUGCUACGAGAAGUGCAACUCAUGAACAGGCUUUGCCACCCCAAUAUCCUCAGGUUUCUUGGGGUUUGUGUGCACGAAGGUCAACUCCACGCUCUGACUGAGUAUAUAAACGGAGGAAACCUGGAGCAGCUGCUGGACGGUGAUCUGUACCUGUCGUGGGGCGUCAGGAUCGGUCUGUCUCUGGAUAUUGCCCUCGGGCUGCAGUACCUGCACAGCAAGGGCAUAUUUCACAGAGACCUCACCUCCAAGAACUGUCUGGUUCGCUGUGAUAACGGCAUGUUCACUGCUGUGGUAGGAGAUUUCGGCUUGGCAGAGAAGAUCCCUGAUUACAGUGAUGGUUUGGGUAAACAGCCUCUGGCCAUCGUGGGCUCCCCCUACUGGAUGGCCCCUGAAGUUCUGAGAGGAGAGCUGUACAAUGAGAAGGUGGAUGUGUUCGCGUACGGCAUCAUCCUGUGUGAGAUUAUCGCCCGCAUCGAAGCUGACCCUGACUUCUUACCCAGGACAGAGGACUUUGGUCUGGACGUGGAUGCUUUUGAGAACAUGGUUGGGGAUUGUCCCGCUGCUUUCUUUAGCCUCGCUGUCACCUGCUGUAAUAUGAGUGCAGAGGGUCGCCCCCCGUUCUCUGACAUUGUUUUGACACUGGAGGGCAUGGAGAGAGAAGAAGACAGAGAGAAUCCCAUUGCACUCGAGCCAGUGACGGUGGACGUCAGCCCGUAUCGGCGGCGCAGCUCUCCGUGUCAUCCCGGUGACCGCAGCCAGCAACGCCAAGGCUUGGCGAGGAGCCAGUCGGACAUGAUACCCCCGGCAACCCUGACCCCUCCUCUCCUUGGGACCCCUGCACGGGUCAACCCCUUCUCUCUAAGACAAGACCUGAACGGGGGGCGGUGCAAACUCUUAGACACACCCAGCAAGUCUGUCAUCUCCCUGACCUUCACCCUCCCGGCACUUUGUGACCCGUGUGCCUCCCCGCCGCACCUUCUCAGGGGGAUGCUGGGGUCACGAGCGCCGCCAAGGAGAUGCCAGUCCCUACCCUGUACCCCGGAGCUCAGCCGGACUGCAGCCCUGCCAAGGGACACGGAGGGGAAGGAGGAGGAAAAGGACGAGGACGUCAGAGUGGCAGUGAUUAAAGAUGGGACUUGGGAUGAUGUGGAGGGCGGCGUGAGGAAGAAGACAGGGGUGACGGCAAAGCUGCACGAGAGGCUGCAGACAGAACACGUGGAGAUGAGUGAGAAGCGAGAGGAGGACGGGAUAGGAGAGGAUUUGGGUCUUCCUGUGGAGCUGGAGAUGGUUUCUCUGGAGCGGUUAGUGGAGGAGGAGGAGGAGGAGGAGGAGGAGGAGAGUGUUUGUCCAACAGAACCCAUGGACUGUACCAAGUCUCCAGAGUCAGCAGAGGGAAUCUUGGACUCUACAGCUGGAAGACCCCUGCUUACCUCCACUUCCUCCUCCUCCUUACGCACUAAUGGCUGGAGACUGCCCAUCUCCAACGGACCGCCCUCCUUGCCUCCUUUGCCACGACUGGACAACAACAACAGCUCAGCUCACGUGAUUGGCCAUCAGGUACAGUGGGGUGGAGGAGGGCGGGCUAACGGUUACAGUGGAGCCCGCGUUCUGUCCUCUGACCCUGGCGGUCCCUCUGAGCAGGAUGAGGUAAUGUCCUGUCCGGGCUGCUGUCUGGUGGGUCUGAGUUUCCCCUCUGCGCCCUACCGAAGGGCUUCGUUACCACGGCAGCGGCCCUACCGGAACCUCAAUGGUACCAUAACGGGUGGCGGCGCUUCCUCAUCAACAACCCCCGGCACAGCGACCAAAGCUCUACUGCGUCGCAGCGCAAAUGGACUAGUAGUGUCUGGGCCCUCUGUGCCAUGUGAGCCUGGCCGCUCCCUCCCGGGGGCCCAGACAUAACCUGCACGGAGGGGAUCUGGUUUUGAACUUGUCAUGCACCAGCACUAAAUGUCAGUAGAGAAACUUAGCAGCACUAAAUGUUGCUGUGCCACUACUGAGAACCCAUAAAUGACCCCAGCGUCUGAGAUGCGUCCUUAAUUCUGUGCAGUUGCAGCAUCCAGUAGUAGCUGGUGAUUAGAGAGCCAGCUGGUGGGCGGGAGGAUUAAGCCCAACAAAUCACUAUGAUAGUGAAGAACGUGCUGGUGUAAAGUGGCUAAAGCAGGCAGAAACAGCUAGGGUUCAAACAAAGUGGUUAAACAACACAUUACUGCCGCUGAAAUGGUGCUGAUCCAAACAGGCUCACAGUGAUGCACUGAACCACGCCACAGGGAACUCAGUCUGCACUCAACUGUGCUGGUUUCACACAACAUGUGACUGAUUAAACACAUUUAAACAGACUUUUUUUUUAUUACAACUCGGGUCUUAUUUUCGCAGUUAUGGUCGUAGUCACUAAUAACAACAUUACUGACAAGUUAAAUGCUGAGAUCUGUGGACACGGUGACACUAUAAAGACGUCACAUGUGGCAACACACAGGUUAGUCAAACUGACUGGUAGGGAAAAAAGACAUGGACUGUAAAAAACUGUCCAUUAUAAACACGUGUCACAGUUUACAGUCUGACUUCCUGCUGUUACUUUUGUUAUAUUUAGCCAAAACUGCAAAAAAUAAGACCCAAAAUUAUAAUAAACGAGGGAUAACCUUUAAUAUGUACAGUACUUUUUUGGUAACGGUGGCGGAAGAACAUUUUGUAAAGCAUUGUCCCUCCCAUAAAAAAAAAAAAAAGCUUUUGACUCGCAUGGCGGCGCUGGUAGAGCCACUCUGCAGGCCGCUGCACUGUUAAGACCAGGUUCUGUAUGGAGUGAACAGAAAAUGACAGUGUGGCUGUAGCUACAUAACCAUAUGAAAAAACGCUGUUUUUGAUUCUAUUUAAUUGAUUAACAGUAGCUACAUGGGGACUAUUUCUAAAAUGAAUAAAGAUGAUUUUCUUCCUACAGUUUUUAUAGCAGUUGACCUGAAUGAGUGUGUGAAUGAGUGUGUGUGUGCGUGAGAGAGUGAUGUAUGUUGCUCUGGGGAACUUAAAGUCUUUUGCACUUACGUUUGGAGCACUUUGCAGUAAGACACCAGGCAAAAGCUAGAUGGUGCUUUAUUUUAAUCUGUGUUACCACUGUUUUGUAAAUAUAUGUGUGCAUCUUGCCCAACAAACUGCACAGCUUUCAUCCUUUGACCUCGGUUCCUCCUCACAUGUAUCCUCUGUGUGUGUACAUGUACAUUUCAUUACGCUGUUGUAACUUAAAAAGUGGUAUGUGAUGCAGGUAUGAAUAUUUAUUGGACAGAUCAUUCCACACACUGUGUGUGUAUGUGCUUUUGAGCGAACUGUACAGAAGAGCGAUGGAUACCCACAGGAUCAAAAGUUUUCACGUCAUUUCCGAUGUUAAACCGUGGUUCUCACUUCAUUUCUACUUUUGUUCUGUUCUUCUAUACAGCUAGAAACCUGCUUGCAAUAAUCUGAUAAUAAACAAAUAUGGUUGUGCAUAA